AUGGCUUUACUUCAAUAUCAUGCACCGGUGGAUUACGCCGCCCAGUUGGAUGCUUUCAAGGAUUUUUUGAAGCAUUUCAAGACUCUCCAGUCGACCUCCGAGGCUGCUGCGACCGAGGCCCUCGAGGACCUGAAUAUCGAUGGUAACCGCACCAGUGAUGAGUACGAUUUCAUGGAUGAUGUGGAAGAUGAGGGCGCUACAACUCGUGGAGCAAGGAGGCGCCGGGAGCCUAAGCUCAAGUAUAUGCAAAUUUUGCAGGACAUCGCCAAUCGAGAUGUCGCACACAUCUUGAUUGAGCUGGAUGAUGUUGAGAUUUUCGAGAAAGCUCUGCCUGAGGAGCAGCAAGACAUGAAGCUGGUCGAGUCCAUUCAGAAAAACACCAAGCGCUAUAUCGAUGUUUUCUCGCAAGCGGUGGAUGCGAUUAUGCCCAAGGAGACUAAGGAUGUUACGUUCAAGGAUGAUGUCCUGGACGUGAUCAUGUCGCAGCGUGACAAGCGCAACGAAACGAUGGAAAUGGCCGCAGAGGCUGAUAUGGACGCCGCUGCUACCGCAAGCAUGUUCCCCCCGGAGCUGACCCGCCGAUACACCCUCAACUUUAAGCCAAUCACUCCCUCUGGAUCCAGCAGCGACCGUGGUGGAAAGGCGCUUGCUGUUCGCAACGUUCGUGGUGAGCAUCUGGGUAGCCUAAUCACUGUGCGCGGUAUUACAACCCGUGUCUCCGAUGUCAAGCCCGCAGUUCAGAUCAAUGCCUACACUUGCGAUCGAUGCGGAUGUGAAGUUUUCCAGCCCAUCACCACUAAGCAGUUCCUUCCUCUUUCCGAGUGUCUGUCAGAGGACUGCAAGAAGAACAACUCCAAGGGUCAGCUGUUCCUCUCCACCCGUGCAUCCAAAUUCGUUCCAUUCCAAGAGGUCAAGAUCCAAGAAAUGGCCGACCAGGUUCCUGUUGGUCACAUUCCUAGAACGUUGACUAUCCACUGCCACGGAGCCCUGACCCGUUCUCUGAACCCUGGUGAUGUUGUUGACAUUGCCGGUAUCUUCCUGCCCACCCCUUACACUGGUUUCCGUGCCAUUCGCGCUGGUCUGUUGACCGAUACCUACCUCGAGGCACAGCACAUCACCCAGCACAAGAAGUCCUACCAGGACAUGGGUAUGGAUGCCCGCACCCUGCGCAAAAUCGAGCAGCACCAGAACUCGGGUAACAUGUACGAGUACCUUUCUCGGUCCAUUGCUCCUGAGAUUUACGGUCACCUUGACGUGAAGAAGGCUCUGCUUCUUCUCCUGAUCGGCGGUGUCACCAAGGAGAUGGGUGACGGUAUGCACAUUCGUGGUGAUAUCAACAUUUGCCUGAUGGGUGACCCUGGUGUUGCCAAAUCUCAAUUGCUUCGAUACAUUACUAAGGUCGCCCCUCGUGGUGUGUACACCACUGGUCGUGGUAGCAGUGGUGUCGGUCUUACUGCUGCGGUCAUGCGAGACCCAGUUACCGAUGAGAUGAUGCUGGAGGGAGGUGCCCUGGUUCUUGCCGACAAUGGUAUCUGCUGUAUUGAUGAGUUCGAUAAGAUGGAGGACGGCGAUCGCACUGCUAUUCACGAAGUUAUGGAACAACAGACUAUCUCUAUUUCCAAGGCUGGAAUCACCACCACCUUGAAUGCCCGUACUUCCAUCUUGGCUGCUGCUAACCCUCUCUACGGACGAUACAACCCCCGUAUCUCCCCCGUCGAGAACAUCAACCUUCCCGCCGCUCUUCUCUCUCGUUUCGAUGUCAUGUUCCUGCUCUUGGAUACUCCAUCCCGGGAUACUGAUGAGGAACUGGCCUCUCACGUAACCUACGUCCACAUGCACAACAAGCACCCCGAAACCGAGGAUGCGGGUGUCGUGUUCACUCCUCACGAGGUCCGUCAGUACAUUGCCAAGGCACGCAGCUUCCGCCCGAUUGUGCCUUCCAAUGUCUCCGACUACAUGGUCGGUGCCUAUGUGUCUAUGCGUAAGAGACAGAAGAAGGACGAGGCCCGUCGCCAGCAGUUCUCGCACGUCACCCCUCGUACCCUGUUGGGUAUUGUUCGUCUCUCGCAGGCGCUGGCCCGUCUCCGAUUCAGCGAGGAGGUUGUCCGCGAGGAUGUUGAUGAGGCCCUGCGUCUCAUCGAGGUUAGCAAGGCUUCGCUCUACAACGACGGUGAAUCUGGAGCCGAUCACACCCCUACCAGCAAGAUCUACACCCUGAUCCGUAGCAUGUGGGAGAGUGGUGCUGCUGUGAUUGAUGAUGAUGAAGAUAAUGCCAUGAGCAUUCGACGUAUCCGUGAGCGUGUGCUUGCCAAAGGCUUUACCGAUGAUCAACUCACCACUGCUCUCCACGAGUAUGUGGAAGCGAACGUCUGGCAACUCUCUGCCAAUGGCGCACGUCUUGUCUGGGUCAUUGCGGAUGAUGAUAUGAUGGGUUGA